UGACCUCCUAACAAUGACGCUCGUAGCUUCGAGAGACGCGCAAACUCUCUCGGAUCUCAGUUGAGAGGAACUGAACCCAACACCAGCAGCGGAGAACAGCGGGCAUUCAGCAGCUCUUCUGGGGUGCCUGGCCCUUAACUGAAGACAUGACAGCAAAAAAGCGAUCCACAAAAGACCGUUGAGGGUCGGGAGUUAUGGAGUCUCUGUUUGGGAGCCAGCUGGGUUUGUUGGGGGGUAACGAGGGUCUCAAAGAAGAUGGAUGCGGGGUGGGCUGGUCCAGCUCUCCCUUAUCAGAAGACAUGUACUCGGCCUCCCACUUUGCGCUCAUCAGCGCCUACCAGGACAUUAAGACCCGACUGGCGGGACUCGAGAGAGAGAAUACAGACAUCAAAAGAAAACUCAAGAUCUAUGAGAUAAAGUUCCCCAUGAUAAGUGAGUUUGGAGAUGACAGAAGCUCCUACUGCUCGUUUGAGCCCAAGGACACUGCCCUGCUCCAGUCAGAAAAUGGCAGCCUGCAACAGAGAGUCAACAUGCUCACCGUUGAGCUUCAGAAGAGCAAAGAACGAGAGGAACAGUUGGAAGAUGUCAUUCAAGCCUAUGAGAAGAUCCACAUGGAGAAGACCAGUCUUCAACGUGACCUCGACAAGAUGACAUCUAUGGUCGAGAAACACGUCGAGCGGAUCCACAGCUUAGAAUCAGCUCUAAGGCAGAGGGAGAGCUCUAUACACAAACUCAACACACAGCUACACAACAAAGACAUGCAAUAUCUGCAGCUACACAGCCCUGACCCACAUUUGCUUGACUGCCCCAUGACCCUCCAGAGCUCCCGAAGCCUGGACACCCUCUCUGACCUAAAAUUACAACGCCUGGAGGCGGAGUUAGAGGGGGUGCGGCAUGAGGCUCAAGGUGCGUGUCAGAGAGAGGAGGAGCUAAAGGCAGAAUGCGAGAGGUUACGGGAAGAGCUCAGAGAAUUGCAAAGCAAUCAUAGACAGCGGGAGGUGAGCUCCAUAUGUGGACAGUGUGAUGUGGAAUGGAUAAAGAAAGUUGGAGAUGAACAGGUAAAUUUGGCUUUGGCCUACACUGAACUAACAGAGGAGUUGGGCAAGUUACAGACUCUGACCGCCAAACAGACCGAGAUAUUGCAGAAGGCCUCACAGGAGCCGGCAAGCCCAGUUCAACGCCACUCACCCGUCCCCCAUCAGAGGCAUUCUCCCGUUCCCCAGCGACAUUCUCCUAUCCAACAACGUCAUUCCCCAAUACAACAGCGCCAUUCUCCUGUGCCCCAGCGCCGCUCUCCUGUGCUGCAGCGUCUGUCUCCAGACAUGCACCGUCGUUCACCUCUGCCUGAGCUGAGCGACGGUCCCGCAUCGUAUUCCUGCAGGCCCACGUCCCACCACCUGAGGGCAAGUUUCCAGGGCAGGCGAAGUUACUCCGAAGUGGCCGAUCCGUCGGCUUACCAACGGCCGCCGCGAUUCACUCUGGAUCCUGUGUCGACCCUGCCAAAACCUCGGCCGUAUGUGGACAGCUACCACAAGCAGCAACAGCAGCAACAACAACAGCAGCAGCAGCAACAACAUGGGGGAAGCCAGCACAUGUUAGUCCAAAGACAGGGCUCUCAGGGGGUGGGAGGCGACGGGGGCUUGUCGGAAACUCCACGGCUGUCCAGGGAGCUGUCUUUCCACCACUCUGACGUGUCCCACCUUCACUUUGAGCCUCAGCCCAGCCCAAAAUCGCUGCACCCAUCUCCACAGCCUCCUCAGUCCUCAGAGGAUGAAGAGGAGUGGUCGUGCCCUCAUCCCAUCAGUCCUCCCCGAACACUGGGUGUGUCUAGUCCUUCGUCUAGUGCCAGAGGCCCUGCCUCUUGUUCCGCAUUCCCUAUUCCACCUCGCCCCAACACCCUUAGCUGCCACCCACCUGGAUACCUGCACGCAGAGCAUGCCCAGUCUUGGCCGUCUAUUAACCUGUGGAUGGAGACAGAUGAAGAGGGUGAUGUCAGGAGCUGUCCACUAUGCCAACUUAUCUUUCCUGUCGGUUACCCUGAUGAUGCCUUGAUCAAGCACAUUGACUCGCACCUGGAGAAUAGCAAGAUCUGACACCCACAUUUACACCAUGACCUUCUGUUGUUCCACAGGAACAUUUUUUCAGAGCUCCCACUAUUUCAAGCUGGGUGCCUUCAAAAAGAAUGUAGGCGAACUUGUGGCCGGUCUGAAAAAGAUUCACUACAAAAACACAUACAUGUCAAGAAUCCCAAAGAGAGGCCAUGAAAGGUUUAUAAGCAUCCAUAAUAUAUCUCCAUCAGGUUUCCUUUAAACACAGACUGUAACUUUUUAUUACAUUCAUUUUGAAUUCUAUACACUAAGCCAAACUGACUCUCUAAAGGAGGCAAAGUGCAAUAUAAAGACUGUCAUUUGUGCUUUCAGUCACAGUUUCCAUAAUCUUUUGCAUUCACGCUUUGGCGUGGCCACACAAUGCCUUGCUGGCCAUUCGGUCAGCGGGCAUUAUUAGAAGCGCUGAGUUAAUGACUUACGGGCCAGUCACACCAAAAGCGCUUUAAACGCUUGCAAACGCAAGGUGCGGCACACUGCCUUUUUUAAAAAAAGAGCAGUGCGACGCGGCUUUUCAUAUUGCUAAGCAACCACCGAGUCAGCUGUCUUGUCAAUCAAAUAUUGAAGCGUGAGAGCUCUUUUGCUGUUAACUGUCAUAUUAGCAGAAACUUUAAAAAGAGGGCGUUUGCUCUGACCUUGUUUGAGGGUGAGAGGUGCACAAACACGCAGGAGAGAGUGAGCGAGUGGAGUCCGCUUCUUCAAAGCAGCUGUAAACUUCCCUCACCACAACGUAAGGCCCGCCUCUCCCCUCAUUCGAUUGGACAAUUCAAAGACGCGAAUGACGUCGGGCGCUUCUCCGCUCUCAGCGCUCCUUCAAAAACGCGUGUGCAGCAGGCGGCAAAAAACCGCAAGGCGCUCGGUGCGCAUAAACAGCGCGCAAACGCACCCUGCCCAUAGAAUAUCAUUCAAAAAAGGCGCCUGCAACUGCCAUAAACGCUUUUGGUGUGACUGGCCCCUUAGCCGGCAUUAAAGAUUCAUCCAGGAUGUGGCAUUAUUCUGAAAUAUCAAGAGAUCAUUAAACACACAGCCAAUUUCUAGGUCAAUAAAUAUCCUACGAAAUCAGCACUUUAUAUAAGCACUUAACAUCCAGUUUACCUUUACCAAUAUUACUAACACUGAGGCAAAAAAGAAACAACUUACAGAUGUAAUUUAUUUUUUAAUACUCUCCCUUAAAUAUCUUCAUUUGAUAGGACUUCCCUUUAACAAAAUUAUUUGUAAUUACGUGUAAAUUCACACUUACGCUUAUUUUGUUGGUCUUCCGGGGUGUUUGGAUGUAUAAAAAGGAAAGAUUUUUCAUAAAUAUGUUCUUAAAGACUUUCACAAUAUACAGUACAGACGAAGCAAGCUCUGUGCAGAAGGAUUGAGACGAUCACUGACAAAACGGCAGUUACUGUGUUGUUCUCAAGACAGUAAUACUGUGAUUUCUACAGUUUAGUCAAUUUCAACAGUUUAUUGUGAUCUCAGUACUAUUACUUCAAGUUGAUAGCUUUGGUUCCAUGGAUGGUUUUUGAUCAACCAGGUUAUCUAUCUAAAUUGCUUGGACAGAUAAUAUAACAUGUAUUCUCUUGAUCACAAACAGAACUCAGUUUGAUCAGUUAAAAUUUUUGUAAAAUGUAAGUACUGUAAAUGUAUAACUGUAUUUAAAGCCAAUUAUCUGUAUUAAUAUGUAAAAUCACCUACAGUACAUAAUAUAUAGAUAUGCAUUUUGCAAGCUCAGAUAAAAGCAAAAGGAUUGCCGAAGACAACUUUUUGUACUACUAUAAUCCGAGUAUAAAUGGCAUCAUUUGAUGGGGUUGAUUAGCUAACUAACCUAUUCCCUUUCAGGUGUACCCUAUGUGUUAUAGUCUUCUUGAUUCUGCAGACUUUGUGACGGUGAGAGCACUGGAUAUGCUACUAACCCAAGGAGCUAUAAUGGGAAAGUGGUCCAAAAUUAGCCAUCCAAAUAUAGCAAGAGCUAAUGGGAAGAUAUGCUGUCUGUCAAAUAAUGGGUGGAAGUUUCAUACAAUUGGUUGUCUAGUUACAUGUGGUUUCUGGUUAUAGUCUAAUGGCAAAUACAGACGGCAUACACUCUUAAAAAUAAAGGUGCUUCACGAUGCCAUAGAAGAACAAUUUUGGCUGAAUGGUAAUCUACAGGUUGUUUAGAUUAUAAAAAGAUAUGAAAGAAAUAUAUCUUCUAAGCACCUUUUGAGGAACCAAUACUGAUUCUUCUAUGGCUUUGCUGUGAAGAACCUUUAAGCACCUCAAUUUUGGGGGAGUGUCGUUCUUGUAAACAUGAAUCAUCUGUAGUAUGAUGUUGUCACUAUUAAAUAUACAAAGACGUACAACUGAUGUGGACAUACUGAAGUCAACCAGAAACCAUCUAAUCAACCAAAGACAAAGCCUGCUUGUUUCUUCUUUUACUUUUUGGGAUAUCGACCAUGUACCACUUAAGGAUCAAUGGUAUCAAUUGGAAAAGUUUCAGCUACCAUUUCUGCAUAAUGUGUGCACAACACCUUUCCUAAUCUAACUUGUCUAGCACCUUUGUCCACAAACCUACCGAGCAGAAGCAAAGAGAAAGUAAGCCACUAUUCACAAAGAGUUUCCUCAGGAGUUAUUUAAAGAGCUGCCGCUGUUUCUCGCUCAUGUUUUUCUCAUGCAAUGGCAAAUUAGCCACCGAGUGCUUUUCUGGAUGCUCUAUAUAUGGUCUCUCAUUUGCCCUGUAGUGUGGUGUGUGACCUUUUGUGAUAUUCUUAAAUAACUCAGGGGAUAAAACUUUGUGAAUAUGGCUCCUUGACCAUACACGACUAACCUCCACAGGGACAACAUGACAACUCGCCAAAUCUCCAAAAGGGCCAAGAGGACAUAACGGGUGGUUGACUGUAUUUGGGGAGAUACGGUAUUUUGUGAUAGCAACAAGGUAUUUUAAAGAAAAAGGGAUUUAUUAACACAUAAUGAAUGCAUAUUGUGUCAAAGAUUUUCUUCUGUAAAUACUAUGUGAAAUAAACUGGAACAUGCACUGA